CACGGAGUUCCCAUGGCCACUGGGAUUUGUUGCUGGCGGUUUGUUUCCGGGGGCGUCGUGUGCGGUUGGAAAGGUGAUUUUAUCAAGCAAGCCAGUGUUCAGCACUCAGUCCAAUCACAAUGGCUGCAGAUGGAGAGAAGCCAAAGGCCAAAAAAGGUCCAGUAUUUUAUGGAGGCAUCCUGACAUUCAUUGGGGGUGUGCUCCUUCUGAUGUCCUUUUCAAGCCCAUAUUGGCUUCAAUCCUACGAGAUCGCGUACCUCGACUUCAAGAAUAUGGGCUUGUGGGAGUUCUGCUUCUUCAACUUCCGCUUUCCGAACAGCCAACACGACCACAAGUUUAAUGGCUGUCACCACGUCUUCAGUGACGAGUACAGAAUCCUCCGCGAGUGGAUUUUGCCCGCCUGGCUGCAGGCGGUGCAGGCGUUCGUGAGCCUGGCAUUCCUGGCCAGCUUCUCGGCGCAGAUCGUCGUGUCGCUGAUGCUGAUGCGGUGGCCGCUGGUCUUGUGGCGCCGGUUCCAGUACGAGACCACGCUGACCACGUUCUUCUUUACCGUCUCGACAGCGGUCAGCCUGUUCCUGGCCGUGGCCGUGUUCGGUGGUCGCUGCUGGGACCGCAGCUGGCUCAUGUACCCGAACUACAACUACCUCUCCUGGUCGUACUACAUGGCCAUCUUCUCGCUGGGCUUCCACGCGCUGGCUUCGCUGCUCUUCGGCAUGCACGCGUACCAGGUGCGCCAGCAGCAGGCUCUGCAGCCCAACGACUACCGGCUGGAGCAGUUGAGCCAGGUCGGCAGUCUGGGCUACCCGUACUACGCCCCCUCCAUCGCCACUCCCUCCCCGACACCGUACGAGCGCGUCGACGACAACCACGUCUACGUGCCCGACCCGUCCGUCGGCGGGUCGCAGCGCUAUUAAAGCUUUGGGCAGAGGCCAAUUGUAACGCUGAUGGCGUGUUUACCGUAGAUGUGCGUAGUGUGGUGUCAUUCCACAGUGUUGUGAUCUGAUCGUAACACAGUCCGUCCUGACGUGUGUGCCUUGAGGUACUGGGUCGCAGUAUGUACGGCGACGACAGUUGUUGAUAGUGGCUCUGAUCUUCAGAUAGACUAACUCACGCACAUUCCUCGCAUGUCCCAAUGCGCGUUUGGGAAAUAUUUUGUGCACGAAGGCUUCAACUCUUACGACUCAAGGAAAAGAGUGCUGCAACCGCAACCCAAUAAAUGCGCUACUGAUGUUUUUA